AUGACCGGUAAGUCCACAAAAUUAAAUAUCGUCCAAGUUCUCCCCAAAAUAGCUUCGGAGAACGACGAAACCCGACGCAAAUCGGGAAUAAAUUUUGAAGGGACUGGAGCCACGCCCAAAACCAAAAAAACUAACCCAACUAAGAGGAAGAUUGUCUCAAACGAGCUCAUGCGUACCACCAAACUUCAGAAUGCGAAGUCAGCUGAAGAAGACCAGUGGAUCGACGCUGAAUUUAUCGUCGGAAAAAACCUUGGGAACCCGAGAUGUUUCCAGGGAAAAGACGAAAAGGUUGAGUUCGUGAUGGUGAAAAAUCAACUGCGAUCCGUCAGCAGGGAAAUUAGGGAUUUGGCUCGAAAACGAGACCCUAUGUAUCUAACUUUUAUUCCCGAUGACAAAGAGGACCGUUUCCUCUUACUAGGUUUCGCAAGAGCCCCCAAGGUGUACGCCUUUAAUUUGCUCAGGCUGAAAGACAGCGGGUAUUCUCAAAACCUUGAUAUAGCUUUGGGGGAAUUAAUGUCCAUCUUUUGUGAUAUCUCGAUCGUAAAGAUUAUCACGGAUGAACAUUCUAAACUCAGUUUGGAAGCACAUGGUCUCCAUUUGAUGCUAAAAGGGCAUUUCGAACUGGGGGAAUUAUGGAGUUUUGCCUUGGAUCUUAAGCCCGUCGUUGAUCCCCCCCCACGUUUCAAUGGAGAAGAAGCUUGUGCUUGCUUCAAACGAAAACGGUUUGACUUAUUAAAGGAACCGGUCAAAGCCCACCCUUCGGAGGAUGACUUUUACCAAAAAACUGCCCGAAGCAAGGAACACGUGAAUUUUAAAAAGCACGACGAAUACUUGCGCAAUUUUUUGUUCGCUUCCUCCCUCUCAGCUUCUUUGGCAAUAGUUUGGUUCGCAAAAGUAAUGUGCGAACUCGAAUAUGUCGAACCAGAGUUUCGUCAAAAGGUGGCCAAAGAAGAGGGAAUUUCUAGUCUGAUCAUUAUAGCCAUUAAGCAUUACGCUAGUCAAUUGCCUAUCAAAGAAGUCAAGAACAAUAAUGCUUGGGCCAAACCUUUAUUUUCAGACGGGAACUCGACCUACGAUGGGGCAGCUUUGCCAGGAGCUGUACCCACUCCUACCUCCUCCUUCGGAUUGGAAUUCGAAGGCAAUAACCCUGGACAUACGUGGGCCACCCUCACCCCCCAGGAAAAGGAGGCUUAUAUCUCCGAAUCCAUCCAGCGCCAACUGAUGGACAAGGAGAAGAAAGCUGCUGAGCAGAUCGCAGCUGCUCAACAAGAACUCACCGCCAAUUUUCAAACGAUGAUGAAACAGCAGGCGGGAGUCAUCAAGCAAAAGGAGCAAGAUCUGCUCAAGAGGGAAGAAGCCCUUAAAGACAAGGAGACGGUGGAGAAGAUGGAGACCCUUCCAUCUGCCACCGCUAAUUUGAACCUUCACUCAGGGAGGUUCAAUUUCAACCUCCCUAAGGAUCCUUACAUGGUGACGACGCCUUCAUCCACUGUCACCUCUGGAACCUACGAGGCAGUUCAAUCUCCUGCCCUCCAACCACCACCGGUGUUUCCAGCACCGCAAGAGAAUGCCAUUACCCCCGGGCAACUGAUGACGGCUGAACAGUGUCAAGCCAUGAUACAAUCAGCCUUCAGUCUACGUGGGGAAGCUGGAGACCGCAGCCGUCGUGGUGGAGGUCGUGGUCGCGGAGGGAAACGCGACCGAUCAUCGUCGGUCCAUGGCCGAGGAGGAGGACGAGCAGCAAAACGUCCUUAUACUCCUCUAGCCAUACAAAUCCAACGACGAAAGGCAGACCUGGCCCAUUUCAGGGACGAGCAAAAGUCUUUGCGGGCUAUGCUCAACAAUGGGAAUCGAUUGUUGGGGGACUUGACCGAGAGGAUCAAGGUGGCCGAAGAGGAGCUGGAGAUCCUCUACAACAACGCUGGAGUCCAGUAA